AUGGGUAGACCAAAGAAACAAGUUAGUGAACAAAAUAUAGAGAAUUUUCAAAGAGAUAUUGAAUUAGCUGGGAAUAGAACAGAUUUAUUAUUAAAGGACAAGAAAGGUAGAUCUAAAUCAUGUCUAUUAUGUAGAAGAAGAAAACAACGUUGUGAUCAUAAAUUACCAAGUUGUACAGCGUGUUUAAAAGCAAAUGUUAAAUGUAUUCAACCUGUUAGAUAUAUUGAGAAUAAUGGUAUUCCAAAUACUAUUUUACAAGUUGAUUUCACUUCAAGUACAGGAACUUCAGAAGCAUCAUCUAAUUCUCCAACACCUGAUAUUAGUAAAUCUAUAAUAGGUAAUCAUGAUGACAAUAGCAGUAUUGCUACAUCCAUAUCUGCAUCAAAUAUUGGUAACAUAUCAUUUGGUUUGAGAAAAGGUAGUAUUUCAAAGAAGAAAGAUAAAAAGAAAACUACAGAUAAUAAUAGCAAUAAAAAUAGUGACCAAUAUACUAAUUUUCUCGAGAAGAAAUUAAAAUAUCUUGAAAAAUUGAUUGAUUUACCAAUUGGUGGUGUUGUAUUUAAGAAAAAAUUGAAAAAUUAUAAAAAAAUAUCUCAUCUUUUAGGUAAUAUAGAAGAUUUUAGAGGUGAUGAAAUGACAAUAAAUAGAAUUAAUAAUAAUAUUUUACCUUGGCAACCAUCUCCAAAUCAUUCGAAUAGUAAUAAUAGUGAUGGUCAUAGUGAUAGUAAUAGAUUAUAUGGUCAAUUGAAUAGUGUUAAUACGGAGUUUCAAAAACAAAAUAGUGGUAUCAAGAUAGAAGGAAGUUCUUUGCCAGCAUUGACUUCAGAUUCAUUGGAUUCAAUUGAUUUUUCCAAAUGCAUAUUUGCGAAAUAUUUAAAAGAUCAUUUUAAUUAUGAUCCGGUAUUUGAAUUUAAUGAGAAUUUAUCAAGAUCAUUUUUAGAAAUUUUUUUCACAAGGUUACAAUUUAAAUAUCCAUUAUUAGAUGAACAAGAAAUUUACAGUUUUCAUAAUGAUUAUACUAAGAAUAACAUUUACUCUUGUUCUGCUAACGAUUUCCAUUUUUGUACAGGUAGAAUGUGGUUAAUCUUUAGUAUUAGUGCAUAUAUGCAUAUGACUACAGGUAAAUAUGAUGGUUUAUCACCUAUUAGAUAUUUUUCUACCGCCGUAAGACAUAUCACUAAAUGUGGUGAUAAUUUAAAUGAUGUUCAAAAAGUUGAAUUGUUAACCCUAUUAGUCUUAUAUUUAUUAAGAACAGAUAGAGAUUCAAUGAUUCUUUAUGAGAUUAUGAAAGAUAUUAUGGCCAUUGUGAAAGGCAGAUUACAUUUAAAUAAAUGGACACAACAGGAUUCUUUUGCUAAUAAGAAAUUACGUUUGUUUUGGUGUGUUUAUCUAUUAGAGAGAAUGAUAUGUGUUGCCGUUGGGAAACCAUUCACUAUACAUGAAUCUGAAAUUGAUGUUCCGCUUUUCAAUGAGGAUUCAUAUAAUACAAAUAAAAAUUCAAAGACUUCAGGAAUACAUUUUAUUAAUCAAUCUGUAACUUUAAGAAGAAUUGAGUCAAAUUUCGUUGAAAAAUUAAACAUUAUUCCAACAAAUAAACAGAAUACACCAACUAAAAAAAACCAAUUACCUACUGUCAAAUAUUUCUUUAACGAACUAGAAAUAUGGCGAUCUAAGUGUUCCACAACAGAUAUUCGUAAUUUUGAGAAUGAAACUUUGAAAUUGUACUAUUAUCGUGCCGUAAGGUUAUUGAUUCAACCAUAUCUAGAGUUUUUAACUCCGGAAGAACAUUUAUUUAGGGAAUGUCAAGCUGCUGCUGGUCAGAUCUGCCAAUUGUACAAAAUUUUCCAUCAAAAAACUGUGAAUGGUCAUUCCACUCCUGCCGUUCAUACAGUGUUUGGUGCUGGUGUUUCAUUAAUUUAUUGCAUGUGGUUGGAGAGGAACUUUCAUGAUGAAAGAAGAAAAAAAUUGGGUGAUUUAUCCAAACAUACAAGACCAUUAGUAGGUCCUAAUUUGUUUUCCACGAUGGAUGAUUUAAGAGCCUGUUCUGUUUGCCUUUAUGUUAUGACAGAAAGGUCGAAAUUUGCUAGAGUAUUCAGAGAUACUUUUGAUCAAUUGAUGAAUGCAACAGUAGGUAAUUUGAUAGAAAGAUGUGGUCCAGAUUCAUCUGAAUUAAUAUAUUUGACUGAUCGUUCGACAAAGGAUGGUCCUGUUGUUUUAAACGAAGACAUUGUAACCAUUGGCAAUUCUUCUAAAACUUUGAAUGUAUCACUUGAAUUACAUGACGCUCAACAUAAUAUAUCUAAUAAUAGUGGUAUGCCACCUGCAGUAGCUCGUACAUUUGGGAAAUAUCAAGCAGACGAACAUGUCGGGUUUGUUGAAAAUUCACAAGUUGAUUUAGAAGAACAGAAGAAACUAAGACAAAGACAAGGGCUACUAGAACAAGUGGCGGUUCCAAAAAGUUUGGCUCAUUUAUUAAUUAAUGCUGCUGGGAGUACUAGUAUUAAUAACAAUACUACUGUGGAGGCACAAUUAGAACCAAAUGCCGUGCUAAAAAUAAGAUCGAAGGAUGUAGGAAGACCUGGCGAACCACGUGCAGACGAUGAUGAUAGUAAAUAUAUUGUUCAAAAACCAGCGUAUCCAAAUGAAUUUGAUUGGAAAAAUUUCCAACAACAGGCCUUCCUUCAACAACAACUAGCCCAACAGAAUUUACAAGCAUACCUAUCAUCUCUGAAUUAUUCAAAGAGCUUUGGAAAUGUAGAUACAACUGGUUCAGUGGGGACUAUUUUAAAACCGGAAUUGGGGCAGUUUAAUAGAGGUCUUUUACCAGCCCAUUCUGCAUCUUCUUCUGCAAUAUCAAUCCUUCCGGGUAGUAAUAUUAUCUCCCCAGUACUAAGUGAAAUUGUUGCUGCAGAAAAUACAUCAGCUCCUGGUUCUAAAUAUGUGACAAGAACUUCUUCUCCGACAGCCCCAGUCUUUAAUUACGUUGCACCUGGACAGAAUGCAUUUAAUUCUGUUGCUGGUAAUACCGACAAUAAUGGAAAUUUAAUACCAAAUGCUGAGAUUCCAAUCAUAACUCAUGACGGUAGUCUCAAUAAUAUGGCUGCUACUUACAUUCAAUCUUCAAAUAAACCUAAUUCCGGAAGCAUUCUCUUUGAUAAUGGUACACAUGAAAUGAUUAAUCAUAUUUCGAAUUGGACAAGUAAUGCUGUAGGUGAUUUGGUGAAUGUAUUUCCGUCUGGACGAAAAGAACAACAACCUAACUCUAGUGGAACUGGUGGUAGCCAAAGCAGCACAAAUCUUGUCCAAAAUUCUGUUGAAACCAGUAAAUUUGGAUUUUCUAACGGCAUAGGAGGAUACGAAACUCCAAGGAAGCUAAAUAAUCUAGAUCUUAACCGACAAAUCAGACCCAUUGGGUCAACUGCAUACCCUGAUUCUUCAGUACAAAAUAUACCACCGCGUUCAGUAGGAACAAUGAGAAAUAUUGCACCAUCUAACCAAGCUGAAGAGUUUUGGACAAUUAAUGAUGACUACGGUUUCUUAACAUGA